AUGGACAGCAAUCUUAGUACCGGUGGCAACGCUUCGACCACGUCGACGGACAAUGCGGCCAGUAAUCUCGCGGCGAUAUUCACAGCCGUUGUUUUGGGCCUGAUGAUCCUGACGACUGUGAUCGGCAAUGUCUUCGUUAUCGCCGCCAUAUUUCUCGAGAAGAAUCUUCAGUCGGUUGCAAACUACCUUAUCGUCAGCCUGGCAGUGGCCGACCUUAUGGUGGCGUGUCUCGUCAUGCCUCUGGGUGCCGUUUACGAGGGUUGGUUAUGGGAACGGGGUCCACCUCUUGGUGACCUGAGAUGCCCGUUACCAGGGGAAGCGUCGACGCGGCGAUGCACUUGUCGCCCGAACACAACAGCGUUGGAUCCCCGAGAAAUCGGGACCGCUGUUUGCACGGCCGUGAGCCAUUUUGGACGCUCCCCGUUACCCCACUUUCACGUAACAGUCGGAAGUGCGGCGUGUUGA